GGAGGGGAGCCGCCAUCUUGGCACCUCGUGGGGUUGUUCUAUAGGCCCUAAACGGGGCUGGGGGCAGCGGGGCUUCAGUGGGGCUGGGGGUUCAGGAGGGGCUUGUAGGGCAGGGAAGGGUCCUCAGCAGGGGUUAUAGGGCAAGGAAGGGUCCUCAGCAGGGGUUAUAGGGCAGGGAAGGGUCUUCAGUGUGGGUUAUAGGGCAGGGGAGGGUCCUCAGUGUGGGUUAUAGGGCAGGGAAGGGUCCUCAGCAGGGGUUAUAGGGCAGGGAAGGGUCCUCAGCAGGGGUUAUAGGGCAGGGAAGGGUCCUCAGUGUGGGUUAUAGGGCAAGGAAGGGUCCUCAGUGUGGGUUAUAGGGCAGGGGAGGGUCCUCAGCGUGGGUUAUAGGGCAGGGAAGGGUCCUCAGUGUGGGUUAUAGGGCAAGGAAGGGUCCUCAGUGUGGGUUAUAGGGCAGGGGAGGGUCCUCAGCAGGGGUUAUAGGGCAGGUAAUGGAUCCUAUGAAGCCUGUGGGGCUGAGAUAGGAUGUGCGUCCUGGCUGUGCCCCACAAAGGGCCCCUAUCCCCCCCCACCUGUGGGCAGGGCUGUCACGGUGUCAUGGUGUCCGUCCCCAUACAGGCCCUUUGUGCAGGGAUUGUUCUGGCUCUUUCGGGGCUGUGCUGAGCCAGGCCCUGGGCACAGACCCGCUGACUCACGCUGUGUGUGGGGCUGCUGAGCUGGCAGGGAUGUAGAGCCCAGCCCCCCCCAUAACCACAGCAGGGCUGGGGGCAGCUCCAAUCCCACAGGCCCCAUCUGCUGCCCCCCCCCCCCCCCCUUUUGAUCUCUGCAUCCCCUCCUUUCAUCUCUGCCUUUCAUCUCCCACCUGAGCACCUUCUGCUGCUUGUCAUGGCAACACCCCAAAGUGCCCCUGCUUGUUUCUGUGGCACCCAGAGCAUCCUCAGACACCCAAACCCAAUUUCAGCCCCCCCCCCAGCUCCUGCCAUGGCUGUGCCCUGUUGGCAGACCCUCGGUGUGUUAUGGGGGUGCCCUAUGUCGGGUGUGGGGUCCCCCCUCUGCAAAUCAAGGGGGGUUGGAAGGACGAAGGGGUGGGAGGUGGCCCUGCAACAGGCAUCAUCCGUGCUCGCCUUGGUCCUGCAGCUGCACCAUGGCCAUAGGGGAGGAGCUGCACAGCAGGCGCUUCUGGCAGGGGGUCUUGGCUGAGGCUGUGGCAACUCUCAUCUUUACCGGGGUGGUCCUGGGAGCCUCAGCUGCCCCCAGCCCCCUGAUUCCAGCCCUGGCGGGGGGGCUGGUGGCUGGGACAUUGAGCUGUGCCCUCAGGGCCCCCCAGGCCAACCCAGCCCUCACUGUGGCUCUGCUCUGCACCCACAAACUGGGUGCCCUGCGUGGGGUUGCCGUGCUGCUGGCACAAUGUACCGGGGCUGUGUUGGCUGCCGCUGCUGCUCGCCUGGCGCUGCUGGAUGACACCACGAUGGUCACCAGGGUGAGUGUCCCUGUCCCUGUGCCCAUCGUGGUGCUGGUGGGUGCUGAGGUUAUUCUAUGCCCGCAGGUGAGUGCAGCAGGGACGGCGGGGCAGGCGUUGUGCUGGGAGAUCUUUGCCACUUUCCAGCUGGCGUUCACCACCUUCGCUACCACCAGCCGUGAGGCUGCUCCCAACAGGCUGGCACUGGGCAGUGCCGUCAUUGCUGGUGCCCUGGCUGCGGGGCCAUUCUCGGGGGGCAGCAUGAACCCAGCCCGUUCACUGGGACCUGCCAUCGUCACCGGCAUCUGGGACGACCACUGGGUGUAUUGGGUUGGACCGGUGCUGGGUGCUGUUCUGGCUGGGUUCUGCUAUGAGUUCAUCUUCGCCCCUGGUGCCUCCCGGGAGAAGCUGUUUGCCUGCCUCACCUGCCGGGAUGUGGCACUAGUGGAGACCACCACCCCAUCCCCUUCCUCACCUCCCACCGCCCCCCUCAGUGCUGCCUGUACCCCCCCAUCCUCCCAUGGCCAAGGCUUGGCCUGAUGGGUGAGCUUGGGGGGGCUCCUUGCCUCCUCCCCCCCCCCACUCCAAACCAUCCUCUUCCCCAUGGGGAUUAAAGGUGACUUUGAGCCAGA